CAUUGCAGUUUCAGUAAAUAGACAAACUUUCCAUUCAUACCGUGUUCUAUGCAUUAAAGUAGAUUAUUUCGGUCUCAGCGGUGUCUGAGCUUUAGGUUUCGCUUCGAGCCUCCUGUCUGCCGCGCUUGCAGCUUACUUUCGUUUUCUCAUCCGGUAAAUGUGAAAGUAAACAUCAGUCCAUGACUAGCACGACUUGUUCAGCUGCUGCUGUCCGUGCUGUGCGUUGUCAUCGAGGCCUUGAAUUCACUAAUUACAUCGCAUUUUCACAAGUUUGGCAUGGUCUUUAGUGAAAAAAAUGGCCCAACAGUUUCCUCAACGCAAUGACAGCUCCCAGAUGAAACUGCUGUUGCAGCCCGAUGAUCACGCAGACCUGCCGCAAGAAGAAUGCAAACCAGUUUGUGAAGGGGAGUGUGAUGCCAAAGAAAGCACACAUGAGGCCAGUGCCUGUCCCGUCAAAAGUCUCUCUGUUGGAGAUGAGAAAGGUAGUGAAAGAAAGAGCGAUGAACAAGUGGGGAAGGAGAGGGAGGAGAAGGCUGCUAAUUCAUGCUGUUCGCUGGACGACCUGAAGCGGCUUCCCAAGUGCCACCAAGGACUGGACCAGUUGUCCUUCAGCAAGACACACACUGUCCUCAUAGAUGUGGAUAUUUUUAACAUUGACGGAAGUGUGAAGGCCCAGGAGGGGAGAGAUAUGUGGCACAACAACUUUGUGAAAAUGCCAUGUUCUCCAGCGAGUGUCAUGACCGCCAAGACUGGAUUACUAAAGCUGCAAAACUCUGGAGUGAAGAGGUGGGGCGUGAUCUGUAAGGAGCUGGAGCGUCUGGCCAAGAAGAAAGAAGUGACGGUGGACAAUGUGAUGGGAGCUAUAAUGGAAUACAACCCAAAGUACAAAGGUCAAUGGUCCUUUGAUGCCCUAUCAACAUUUAUCAAGAUUAUCCCUGAAGUGGAGAAUUACUAUCCUUCACUGUUUCCUAAAAUUGCUGCACUGGCCUUAAAGCUGCAUCGAUGCCUGAAGAAGGCUAUCCCACUGCUUCAGAAGGGACAAACGGCGUCCAUCAUUCUGUCACAGGUUCAGAUAGCCUGCCUGCUCGCUAAUGCAUUUUAUUGCACUUUCCCCCACCGCAACACCUCCCACCCGAAUGCAGAGUACCACAACUACCCCACCAUCAACUUCAACAGCCUCUUUGGAAAUUGGUCAGGACGGAAGAAGGAAAAGCUGAGGGCCAUCUUGCAUUACUUUAAAACAGUUACAGAUGACAACUUUAAGGGUGGACUCGUGACGUUUGAGAGGCAUUGCCUCAAGGAUGCAGACAUACCCAAGUGGAGGAGCUGUAAGGAGGUGAUGUCUGAUCUUCAUGUCACCUCAGAUGGCCACAUAGAGACUGAAGGUCAAGGCAUGCUACAGGUGGAUUUUGCCUGCAAUUUGAUAGGUGGAGGUGUACUGAGCUCUGGGCUGGUGCAGGAAGAGAUCCUAUUCCUAAUGAAUCCAGAGCUGAUUGUAUCCCGCCUCUUCACUGAGAGACUAGGGGACGAUGAGUGUCUGAUCAUAAAAGGCUCUCAGCAGUUCAGCCACUACACCGGCUACAAAGAUAGCUUUGAGUGGGCGGGCCCCCAUGACGACUCUCUUACACAUGGCAAAAGAGAUGAAUGGGGUAGGCUGCACAGGCACAUCUUAGCCAUUGAUGCGGUUCACUACAAACUCAGAAGUGAGCAGUACAGCAUGAUAAAGGUUACACGGGAACUCAACAAGGCGUACUGUGGAUUCAAGGCAUAUGAUAAGAGUGAACCAGACAUCGCCACCGGCAAGUGGGGCUGUGGGGCCUUCAACGGAGACCCUGAACUGAAAGCUGUGAUCCAGCUGAUGGCCGCUGCAGUUGCUAAGAGGGGAAUGGCAUUUUUCGCUCUUCGUGAUGACACCCUGAAGAAGAGCCUGCAGCACAUACAUCAUCUCUUGACCACACAAGAGGUUACAGUUGGGAGACUUUACGGCUACCUGGAGGACUACUGUGCUGAUCAGCAGAGGGCUCACGGUUCACAUUUGAGCCUGUUCCACUUCCUCUUUGAGAAGCUUUCCAUGGUGUAGAGAGGUUAGCCUCCAUGUCGUAAAGGAAUACUCCAGUGUUUUGGGCAAAACAGCCUUUUUCUGACUUUCCUAGUCUGAGACAAAAUGUUUUAUACCAUUUUCACCUCUGUACGUACAAUGGUUCAGUUCUUAUGGGUAGUUUUUAUGUUAACUUGGCAUAAAGACUAUGGAAGUCAUUAGCCUAGCUCUGUAAAAGUGAAAAAAUAAACCUUACAGCAACUCUGAAGCUGUCUUAUUCACACAGUGUAUCAAGUGUAUUUGAAAUACACGUCUUGAUUGUACUGAAUGUUGUCAGUUUGAAUGGAACCAAAAAGAUGCAAUGCUGAUUCACAAUUUAUUGUUACUCAGUGAGACUGUAAAGGAAAAAUAUCUCAGCCACUUUAUUGGUGAUCUGUACACAAUGUAAGAUGUUAUGGAAACCUUAAGUCGAAGGAAAUGUAAUGACUGUAAAUAAAUGAAUAAAUAAUGAAUAAAUAAGCAAACUCCAACAACAUGGCACCAUAGGAACUAUAAUCUUUAUUUGUUGAAAACAAUAAAAUGACAUACAACACUAUACGAAAAUAAAUAAAUCCUUCACUUAUGAGGAGCUGAGGAAUUGCCUUUUUUUUUUUCUUUUUUUUUUUUUUACAUAAGUCACCACCAUAGCUGGCAUGAUUUCAUAAA